UUGUCUGAUUCGCUCCGGCGCAUCUCACUUUCAGCUUUUAAAAUUAACCACUGUCCCCGAAACUCAAAGAUUGAGUUGAACUAUCUGUCAAGCGUCGCCACUGCAUAUUUCUUGAUUUCUGGCAAAAUCUCAACUGACCAGGCCUGUUUCGAUGUCUCUUGCAAGAGCCUUCACAACACGGCGAGGGAAGCAGUCCUCGACCGACAUGGGCAUUUUACCUCACCGGAGUAACACGACCUCUCGGGGUCACGGACAAAUGGGCUCCAUUCGGAACAAGAUCUCGAGUCCAAUGGAGUUGACUCAUACAACAAAUAUGCUUGCGUACAAUGCGCCGGAUCUUUACCCACGAGCAGCAGCAGCAUCAUCACCAGCUAGCUCCUCAAAGUCUGACGAUGAAUCUUCCCUUAACAGCCCAAGCACUGCGAUGUCUUCUCCCCCUACCAGCCCGGAGAUUCCAUCAGCAGAAGGUACUUCAGAGUCUCCCGAGCCCAAUCAUUUGUCGUGCUAUUUUACCGCUCCAACUCAGAAACCAGCGACCAACGUGCGUGAAGCACCGACCAUUCCACAACGAGCUCCAUCGCACACCAAGAAGGCGUCGUUUGAGAACCUCGCGAACAAACACGCUCGCUUCUCUAAUCAAUCGAGCAAGACAAUUUCGACGAAAGCCAGCUUUAGUAUGUCCCGGUCGUCAUCUACUUCAACUGCAAUGACGUCUGUAUCAUCGAUUUCUCAUACUCAGAAAUCGUCCGUACAUGCGCCGAUUAUCUCACCGACGUCCGCAAUUCCAGCAUCACCUACGCCACGUUUUCGCCGCUCUAAUGAUGUUUCCGAGUCCCAACAUCCUUUCGGGCAGGAACUAGCUAAGGUAUCCGAGCUAGCAGAAGAACUAGGUGUAAAAGACAAGCUACAGGGUAUUGAAGAUGAAGAGGAACAACUGAUAGCUAAGGGUCUCCAUAAAUUCAAAGCGGAAGACUAUUUGGCUGAGAUUCACGACCUGCUAUCAUCAUUUAUAAUACCAGAGCCUGUUCAAGCACAGCAGCCUGUGUGGAUUUAAGCGGCACACAAAUUGCAUCAGAUGGCAACAUACUGAACCCAUCUUGGC